UUGUUAAAACCAGUCAAUGUAGGCUCCCUUUCUUUUGCUCUGCACUAUGCGGUCGACCCCUCGGCAUUGGCCAGAUCUUUACCUUAAAAGUUAAAUACCUGAGAUUUCUGGCGUAAAAGCAAGACUGUGUCCAUUACUACUAAUUCACUGGAUAAGUGGCUACCUGCUGGCCGCUCAGUUUCUUCCACCGUCUAGUAUAGGCGGCACGUACCAAGAUUUGUUUUAAAUCGUAUUUGAUCUUCAACAUGGAUAGCGUACGUGAUUUCCUGGCGGCCCUUGGACACUAUUAUGGUGUUCAUGAGGCGAACCUCAGACGUGUCGGCACAGAUGUUUCUCGGGGUCUCAUGACUGGGGCUGCUAUUGCUCUAUCAGUAUUUAUUCAUCACGAGAAUACUUUCUACCAAUCUCUCGCUUUCUAUAUAUUCGCGGUCUCGUUGAUCCUUUUUAAUGUCCUCAAUAGAGAGGCUGUUAUGAGACACUUCUACUUGGCGCUGGUAACAGUCGUUGUGCCCGCUCUCAUUACGUUGCCUCGUUUUGAGAUUUCUGUAUCCUUCCUUCUCGGUCGUGUUCCGAUUUUAUUAAUGGCAAUGAGUCUGCUUGUGGAGGAGUACUCCAGGCGCUUCGUAUUGAAUAGCCAUCAUUGGGAGAGAGCUCCGGAUGUGCCGCCGGAUGCUAUCCCUGCUGAUGAGCACGGGGGGUUCCGAAUGUACACUGGUAACGGGGAUGAACUCUUCGCUCAUAUGAACGGCGGCGAGAGGUACCAAUAUCAUGCGCAAUCGUCGGACAUUUCAUUAUCAACUAGAACGGGAAGACUUCCAUCCUCAGCAGAUACAAUCAUACAUUCCUUCUGGAAUGGCGAAUUAGAUCCGACCCGCGAAUAUAGGGAAGAAAACAAAGAGCAGGAACAGACUGGUUAAGAACCUAGGAAGGAUCCCUCAUGAUGGUAACACUUUAAUCCCACAUCAAAAUCUGACUUCAGUUGCUUAAAGAAUUAUUCUGUUUGCUUUAUUGGGCCCCAUAGAAACCGGAUGACCGUCCUCUAUAGACGAGAACGAUCGAUCCAUGGAUCCUCCAACAAGGCUUGGAAGGGAUGAGCCAACUUGACUCAGGGACUCUGCGCAUCUAUUUCCCGUACGUCGAUAUAACGUUUUCGAAUAUGCCAUCAUAGAAACGUCGAGACAAAUUGGUUCGCUCUCAGAAGUUGUCACGUAGGUAAUUGAUCGGAGGCUAAGCGAAGCAUUCAUAGGGUGAAUGCUAUAGGGCGGGAAACCCCAUCGCGAACUAUCGAACAAGCUGGUUUAUCAAUGGUUAACCAUU